CACGCGCAAUCGCAAUGUGUUCUAUGGCUCGAUCUGUACUGAGAUCUCUAUUCGUGGGAAAGCAGAGACUGUUUCUAUGUCCUGUAAACUUAGGUCGCCAAUGCUGCAGAGGAAUUCUCUCUGCUCAACAAGAGGAGGAAGCGUUCGGAGAAAAACCCCUUGUUGAUAUUCGUGAUCUUUAUAAUGAUAUGAAGAAGAAACUUGACGCACGCAGAUAUGUGAAAGCAAGUGAGAUGAACAUACUGUUGAAUAAUUGUCGUUCUAAAGAGGAUAUUGAAGUUGGAGUGGACCUGAUUAAACGGUUCCGGUCUAGUUUGAGUAAAAUUCGAUUAAGUUCUGGUGCUGUUACUGUGCGAGCUUGCUGUCGUGUUGGCUGUCCAGAAAUGGCACUUGAAAUGAUGCAGAACAAGAUUAGUUAUGGUGUUUUCUUUUCAAAGUCGGCUUAUGACUACCUUAUUCAACAUUUCUGUUAUGAGAAAGAAUUUGAAAAAGCUGUUGAGACAUACGAAACUCUGCUGGAUGAUGAGGAAGAGAUUCGGCCUAUGUGGAAAACGUUUCACUCUGCAGUGUAUGCUUGUUGCUUUCUUGCUAAUAAUGGCGUGAGAAGAGCUUUGAAGCUGAACAGUCUGAGUCGAAAGAGGAAUCGUUUCCUGAGUAUCAAAUUGUACUACAGUCUUGGUGCAGUUGCUUGCAAACAAAAUGAGCCAGAUCUGUGCUUGGAAAUAAUGAGCCUUCUAACAAAGGAAAUGAAUAUCCAAUAUUCACAGGCUCAAGCUGGAUUAGUGAUGAGAGCAUUGAUGAUGAAAGGCAAUUACAGAGAGGCUGUGUGUGCUCUCGAGUCUUUACUAAACCAUUGUGACAAACUGGAAUUUUUACCUCACUCGACAUUGGCUCUUGGAAAGCUUGUGCAUGAGUCAGGCGAUUCAGAAAUUCAAGCUCAUUUAAAAGAAGUUAUGGAUAAAUUUGCAAAUCUUGGUAAGAGAAUGCCAGAGCCUUUAGAACAGUCAGUAGAAACAAGAGAUGGUACAACAGAUGUGAAUAAAAUUGGGCAAGAAAUGGGUGAUGAUGAAGAAGAAAGAGAGAAGAUAAGCAGUUCCUACCUAACAGACAGUGAGCAAUCUUCUCUGAAGCAAACUGAAGAUAAGUAGUAUUGGUAAUAUCAAUAGUGAAGCUGCUGUUUAUAUAUUAUAGUAAUAAAUGCAUGUAUACAUGCAUCUGCACUUAUUGUUUUGUUGUGAGUUCAUUCAAACAUGGUUUGUACCAUGCAUGAGUGAGACCACGCAUACUUCUGUGCUAAUUUAUCUAUGCUGCCAUCCAUACACCAGUUCUGCUGGUCAACAUUUCUGGAUGGUUAAAUGGCUUGUAUGUAUGCUUGUUAUAUGGGGAAUAGACAGAAGUGUGUAAGG